AUGCGCAUCUCUCAGGCUCUACGUCUCGUAGCCAUCGCGGCCCUCAGCGUCCCCGCUUUGGCCCAGGCCGAGGCUGCUGGCGCCGACCUCGCGGCCCGCAGUGCCGACCUGAACGAAGCCGUCCACGUCCAGGCUCGCGCCUCGGCCGUGGACCCGCCGGCCAAGUUUGGGCAGACAAAGUCCGGCAGGCCUUGCAAGUGCCUCGCUGCGGAGAGCGGCGCCGGCAAGCACCUCGUCACCCGCGGCGGUAAUGACCCCGGUAAAUGCCAAAAGUGCGGCCGGGACCACCACCUCUGCCACUGCAAUGCUCGGGCGCCACCCGUGCGCCUGCUCCACCUCCUCGGCCUUGUGCCGCCGAUACCUCUGGGCCUCGAGAGAAACGUGCUACAUCAAAAUCAGCCCCGGGCGCGUCGUGGAAUUGGUCGGCCAGCAGCGGCCCAAGACAGAGCUCAAGGGCUACUGGGUGUCGCAGACCAGGUCCCGCUUGGAUGUGCUGGCUGA